UCUCAUUGCUGAAUGAAACUUUUUUUUCAUUUUUUUUUUUGCUUUCUUGUCUUGGUCUUGUAAUGAAAUUUAUAUCUUCUCCCUCUCUAGACAUAUAGAGAGAGUAGAUAGGGAUAUAUACAUAGAGGGUUUGCAUGUUUUUAUUCUCAUUGUUUUAUCCCAACAUCAACAACUAUAAGGGGCAAGGGAUAACAAGAAUAGGAAGAGGAAACAAACCAAUAUGUUGCAGAGAGCUGCAAGCAAUGCAUAUUCAUGGUGGUGGGCUAGCCACAUCAGAACAAAGCAAUCAAAAUGGAUGGAGCAAAACCUCCAAGAUAUGGAGGAAAAGGUGCACGCUGUUUUGAAGCUGCUAGAGGAAGAGGGAGAUUCCUUUGCCAAGAGAGCAGAAAUGUACUACAAAAGGAGACCAGAGCUGAUAAACUUUGUGGAAGAAUCAUUCAGAGCAUACCGUUCUUUAGCUGAUAGGUAUGAUCACAUUUCAACAGAGUUGCAAAAUGCCAACAACACCAUUGCAUCUGUGUGCCCAGAUCAAGUACCUUAUAUGGAUGAGGAUGAUGAGGAGCCAUCACCUAGACCAAAGACUCCAAAAAAAAAGUCUGCAGAAGGGGCCAAAGUAAAUAUUCCAAAGGUUCCAAAGCCUCCACUUAGAGAUUUAAAAACUGUCAUAACAACAGCCACAAAGAAACUCAACCCCAAGAAGGUAGCCCCCGCGGCUGCAGCUUCUAAAGUUCCAAAAUCUGGAUUGAGCAGAAAGGAGGCACUUAAAGAGAUUGACAGGAUGCAGAAAGAGAUUCUGGGAUUACAAACUGUGAAAGAGUUUGUGAAGAGUUCUUAUGAUAAUGCCAUUGCCAAGUACUGGGACACUGAGAAUCAGAUCAAGGCAUUGCAAGAGAAAGUGUCCAAUUUGCAAGAUGAACUUGGAGAAGGCAUUGCUAUUGAUGACGAGGAAGCGCGGCGUUUGAUGGCAGAAGCAGCUCUUAAGUCAUGUCAAGAUACAUUAUCACAGUUGGAAGUGAAACAGGCCAUAUCACUUAAUGAGACCAAAAUUGAAUCCAAAAGGGUAAAGGAAGUGAGGGAAAAGUUAAGUUCUCUCAUGAAUGAAGCCAAGUAUGAUAACACCAAUUUGAAAGAGCCAAGGGCCAAAAAGGAUGUCAAAGAAAUACAAGGAACAAAGGACUUGGGUGAAGAUAUGGAAGAAAUGACUCAGCAGAGACAGGAGUUGCUGUCAUUGCAGGAGAAAAUAAAAGAACACUUCGACGCUGGAUCCUAUUCAAAUCUAACAGUAAAAGAUAUGGCAGAAAAGAUUGAUUCACUUGUGAACAAAGUUGUCAGCUUAGAAACUGCAGUUUCUUCCCAGACAGCUCUUGUAAAGAGAUUAAAUGCAGAAACCAAUGAACUUAAUUCCCUGGUUCAAGCCCUAGAAGGUGAUAAGGAAAGUUUGAUCAAUGAUAAAGCUAAAUUGAAUGACCAACUGAGAGAAAUGGAUGAAAAGCUGCGUGAGGUACAGAAUCUAAACCAAAUUGUUGAGAACCAGAAUACCAACCUCCAAACCCAUUUCACUGAAGCACAUUGUAAUCUUGAUCAUCUCUCUGAGAAUGUCCAAAAGGGGAAGCCAGAUGAGGAGGAUGAGGUCAGGGAAACAUCACUAAACGAAAGGAUUUCAUCAAGAGAUGCUGAAUCUGAACAUUGUCUUAAUGGACAAGAUGCAUUGAAUCAAGACAGUGAGUUAUUGAAGGAUGAAAAGUCCAAUAAGGAGCAUAAGGUCACUGCUGUGACAGAAGAUGUUGUAAAUUCAGAUAAGGUUGCUGAAGUGGUAAAAGACACUGUAAUUCCAGAUAACAAGCCUACAGUCACAGGUUCACUGGAAAAUGAAGUUAAGGCCACCAAUUCACUGGAAAUGAAAGAGGAAACUCCGUUGGAAAACAAAUCUCCAAUAGAGUUGAAAGAAAAUUCUAGCAAUAGCGAUAUCAGAAAAUCAGCAGAUGCUUUGAGAACUACUGCUGACCAGGCAAGUACAAAGGAAGAGAGUUCUGUAAAACAACAAGAAAAUGAUUCUAAGCAAGUUUCAGCUGAGACAGUGACCGCUCAACAGCAAGAAAAUGAUUCUAAGCAAGUUUCAGCUGAGACAGUGACCGCUCAACAGCAAGAAAAUGAUUCUAAGCAAGUUUCAGCUGAGACAGUGACCGCUCAACAGCAAGAAAAUGAUUCUAAGCAAGUUUCAGCUGAGACAGUGACUGCUCAACAGCAAGAAAAUGAUUCUAAGCAAAUUUCAGCUGAGACAGUGACUGAUCAUAAAGGUGAUUCCCAGGAUCAGCAAAAAAAUGAUUCUACGCAACUUUCACCUGGGACAGUGACUGAUCUUAAAGGUGAUUCUCAGGAACAGAGAAGGACACGAGAAGAUGAAUAUGAUUGGCAGGAAUUGUUGAAUGGAAUGAGGGAUAGGGAACAAACUCUGCUGGCAGAGUAUAAUAAUGCUCUCCAAAAUUAUGAUGAAAUGAAGAACAAACUAGCUGAAAUAGAGAAGAAAAAUCAAGAUGUCCUCUUUGAGUCAUCUUUGCAGUUGAAAGAACUGAAGACUGCUAAUGCCUUGAAAGAUGAAGAAAUUAGACUCCUACGUCAGAAACUAGGCUUCCUGCAGAAAAGCUUGGAGGGAAAGGAGGGAACGGAGGAUUUGAGAGACUUAACUUCAGUGCAGCCACCCCCAGAGCCAAAUGACAUUGAAGAACUUUUAAAAAUUGAAGAACCUGAAUCUACAACAUCAGCCAUUGAAGAGAACUUCCGGAUGAGCAUUGAUGAGCUUCUAGAGGAGAAUCUAGACUUCUGGUUAAAAUUCAGUACUUCUUUUACAGGGAUACAGAAAUUUGAAACCACUAUAAAGGAUUUGCUGUCUGAGGUAAAAAGAAUUGAGGAAAAAUGGAAAUCAUCAGAAGGCAGUAGUAGUGCAAAAUAUUCUUUGAAAUCUGAUGCAAGACCACUUUCUAAACACCUUUCAGAGAUUCUAAAUGAACUAACAAUGUGGUUGGAAAACAGUGCAUUGUUGAAGGAAGAACUUCAAUGUAGAUUCACGUCCUUGUGUAAAAUCCAAGAAGAGAUAACUACAGCACUGAAAGCCAGUGCUGAAGAUGAUGACUUCAAGUUCACCAGCUAUCAAGCAGCAAAGUUCCAAGGAGAGGUUUUGAACAUGAAGCAAGAGAACCACAGAGUUGCUGAUGAACUUCAAGCAGGUCUAGAUCUAGUAACAACUCUCCAACUUGAUGGUGAGAAGGCUCUUGCAAAGUUGAAUGAGCGAUUCGGGCUCUCAAGUUCUACGAAAAGCCAGAGACCUUCAGAUUCCCAGAAUUCGGUUCCUCUGAGGUCAUUUAUCUUCGGUGUCAAACCAAAGAAACAAAAACAAUCAAUCUUCUCCUGCAUGACCCCUGGAAUGAAUAGGAAAUACCGUGGUUAUAGAGGAUAAAGCCAUAUGUAAAAUGUUUAUACUGCAUUUCUACAGUUUUUAUCAUCUUCUACAAAACUUCUAUAUUGGUUUCAUUAGAUAGUGCAUUGAGAUUUGAGUGUGCCUUUUGUGCUUGUCUAUAAAUUGGCAGAAAGUAUCACCAAAUGUAGGCUCCGGUUUGCCCUUUGUAUUUUGAGUCUUUCUCAUCAUAUAUAUCAAUCACUCCUUGUUGUGUGUUAGAAAUGUUGUCUUCCAUGAGUCAAAAAAAAAAAAAA